CGCAAUUAGUUUACCACGGUAUCGAUCCUCGGUUGGUCGUGUUAAAUCGAGAGGCAAAAAAUCCGAGUGAAAUUUUUCGUAGAAAAAACCUAAUCGCUUUUUUUUUCGUUUUUGUACUGUGUUGACGUUUUUGUGCGACCGUUUUCGAUGUCGAGUCGGAUAUUUUAACGUGCUAUCGAAGGUUGCUCUCUCUUGAAAAUAUUCGAAGUUUAAAAUAAAUUGAAUUUUAAAAUUCGAAGUUUUCGUGAAGUUAUAUUUUCGUUAAUGUUCUAUUGUUGUUUGUGAAUUAAAUAACAAUUGAAAUGCGAAGACACGUCUACAACCACAUGUACGCUUCGGACGAGAUGGAAUGUUACGGGUCUAGAGAAUUCCAAAGUUUGAGACGUGAAUCAAAAAUGUUCCUAUUCGGAAGAUCGUUCCAUUCCGUGACGGAGAAGAGAUCUCAAAACAACGACUGCGGAGAGAACAGCAUGACAAUAGUUACAGAGAAGAAGAUAGAAGACGACGCAUCAGAGUCGUCCAGUGGAGAAAAUGUGGACAUAGAAGAUAAAUCCCUGCCCAUCGUAGAAGCUCCACUCGAGUCUUCAGAGGAGGCUCAUUCAGCGCAAUGUUCCUGCCCAAACUGUGAUGAAGUACUAUCAAGAUUCUCUGAGUGCAGCAUAUGCUUGGAACCGUUACAGUGUUGUGGACCCUGCGUCUGUCCGUGGUGUGGAGGCGUUUGGUGCGCACGGUGUUCGAGAAGAAUGUCACGCUGCGCUUGGUGUCGUGGAAGCCUUCGUGCGCCUGCCACGCCCUGCCUCGCUCUCCAACGCCUCAUCAAUGAUCUUAUGUUACCGUGUCGAAAUUACAGACGAGGCUGCACGGAACUGCUGACAGCUAACGUCAGAGCGAAACACGAAGAAGAAUGCAAACACGACACAAUGAUAUGUCCCAUCACACCCACCUGCUGCUCUGUACCAUUCGAAGAACUGUCAGUUCAUCUCCAAUCUAAUCACAACAUCAUCGCGGUCUACUCACAGAAGAUCAAAAUCUUAAUAGAAAACUUCCAAACCAAACUCAAGAAGACCGCAUGUUGUAGGACUAAGUACAAAAUAAUCUUGUUAUACCAAAAAAGUGCAUUCAUUAUCAAAGUCUGCAUUUACAACUAUCAUGUAAAGGUUGAAGUAAUGAGACGAAAACUGGGAUACGUUGCUGAUUCAAAAUCUGAAUCGAAAAAGAGCGAUUACUGCGCCCUUAUCGAGUUCCAGAGUAAGGCUUUAUGCACAAAAUCAGCUAUUCUUAUCGAAAAUGAAGCAUACAGUAAGAAAGCUGAGGUACAAUGGAACGAUGUGAUACUCAAAUCAGAGAAUGAUGAAGCUAUCACAAUACACGUUAACAUUGGAAAGACAGACUCUGAACCAUUAAGGAAGGAGUUUGAAUCAUGAUAAUUUUAGGAUCAAAGAUUUGGAUCGACUUAUAAAUCUUCGACUGAUAAUAAACACACUAAUAGAGUUUUGCAUGUGAUAUUACCACGAGAUUCGAAUUCAAAGAUGUUUUAAAUAUUAUUUUAAAACGAGCUCUGAUGUAUAAUGGCCAAAAACUUAAGUCAAUUUCAAUUGAAUUUGAUCUAUUUUGUAAAUUUUAUUAAUUAUAUACAAUAUAAAUGAAAUUAGUUUUUAAAAUAUAUGGUAAUCACAGAAUUUUUUAGGGCUUAUGUUCGUGAUCACUUUCUUAAGGAAUCAUUUAGAAUUGUUCAAUUAUGAUAUUUGAAUAGGUGUUCCUGCUUGUCGUUUUAUAUUGUUGUGAUGUAAUGUUAUAAACAUUCCAAUUAAUUUGGAUCUAUAUGUGAUUUUAAAUUAAGUUAAAUAAUGAAGAUGUACGCUGUAAAAUGACUGACGUAGGUUAAACACUUAAAUUAGUAAUGUAUUUAAGAUAAUUAUAAAAUUAAAUGAUAAUUUUAAGCCACGA